UAACUGCCACCCCCGCUUGACGAGAAGAAAAAAAAUUUGAAGAGGGUGGUAAAUAGAAGAGAGAGAAAACGUGAGAAUAAAAUCCAUCAAAUCGCGCGACACAAUCGAUCCGGAGGGUGCGUUGAGAACGGCGGAUCCUUUCGCAUGUUAAUGACUUCGGGACAAUGGGAUGUCCGGGCACUGGAGGCGCUAGAGCGCGAGGCAUCCGAUUUAUUUGAUGUUCUCGAUGUACCGGAGCGCCUCCGGUCACCACCAGCUAAAACCACAGUGAUGGACCUAGAGCUACAGGAUCACAUUAAACAUUGCUCGUGCUCGUGCAAUCACAUGGGCUACGGGAACUACAUGGACUACCAGGUAAAUCAGGAGCAAACUUCCUGCUUCGGUGGUCUCCCAGACGUUACGGAGCACACACACGCCAGCAAUCGAACGUCCACCCAUAAGGAGCUCACCUCAAGUACCGAAUCACUGGCCGUCAACAACUCAACUCCCGGCGAGAGGCACUCCAUGAAGAGUCUCACACCACCGUCCACGCAAUCUUCCACGAAAGGACGCGAGAGAGGGAGUGCAGUGGCGGAGAAUGAACGGAAGUGGUGCUUCUUCGUGGUGACCUUCUUUGUUGCCCUAACGGUGUGUGUGGUGAUCCUGAGUCUCCUGGUUGAGGUAUUCUUGGGCAAUCGUGCCGACAGAUCUUCCCAAGCACAUCGGAUUGACAUUGUGAGGCGUCUUCUUGAGGAAACACCCCUAAUUGAUGGUCACAAUGAUUUGCCGUGGAACAUAAAGCGAUAUUCCCACAACAGAUUGGAAUAUCUCAACUUCACAGAAGGUAUUCGUAGUACGGAGCCAUGGAGCAACUCCCAGUGGUCCCACACGGACAUCCCGCGCCUCAGGCAAGGCCUCAUCGGAGCGCAAUUCUGGUCCGCCUAUGUCCCAUGCGAGGCUCAGGGUUUGGAUGCUGUUCAGCUGGCUUUGGAGCAGAUAGAUGUCAUCCAGCGUUUUACGGAAUUGUACGAGAAGCACACAGCUUUGGCACAGUCAUCGCAGGAUAUUGUAACGCUCCACAAGCAGGGGUUGUUUGCAUCACUAAUUGGGGUUGAGGGUGGACACGCACUGGGCUCCUCACUGGGAGUUCUGCGUUCGCUGUAUUCCCUCGGGGUGAGAUACCUGACUCUCACGCAUACCUGCGACAACAGCUGGGCCGGAGCUGCUCCAUCGCCAGAUCGUGGACUUAGCUCCUUCGGGAGGGCCGUUGUGAAGGAGAUGAAUCGCAUUGGGGUAAUUAUUGAUCUAUCUCAUGCUUCUGAUGCCACAGCCAGGGAUGUUCUGGAAGCUACCAGAGCACCUGUGAUGUUCUCUCAUUCAGCUGCUAGAGCUCUGUGCAAUGCAACAGGAAACAUUGCUGAUGAUAUCCUGCGCCUUGUUGCUGACAACGGUGGAAUAGUUAUGGUUAGUUUCUACGCACUCCAUGUGGCUUGCUCUAGACAAGCCACUGUCUUCGAUGUUGUGCAGCACAUCCGCCAUAUUAGAGCAGUUGCAGGAAUACAGCAUGUUGGAAUUGGAGCUGGUUUCGAUGGCAUUGACGCCACGCCAGAGGGCCUAGAAGAUGUCUCCAAGUACCCCGAGCUCUUUGCCACCCUCCUGGAAGAUUCAGGAUGGACAGAGAAUGACAUUGGCCUCCUGGCGGGACGAAAUUUCUUGCGUGUCUUCAAAUCCGUUGAAAAUGUUCGGGAUUACUGGAAGAGUGCCAAUAUUCUUCCCAAUGAAAAUGUUGAAGCCCCCAAAAAGUCCCCAUGCGCCUACAUGCCUCUCUAGCGAGCACCCUCACUAAAGGGACUCACUGUGUGAAUCAAAAAGCCCACAGAUAAGAUGCAAAUUCUCCACGAGAAUGUAAUUUAGGUAAUCAAAAGGAGGGUGUUUUUGUGACCAUAAUGGCGGCUGUAAUUCAGCUUGUAGUAUUUGGAUAAAGGUUGUAGUGGGAUAAAAGUCUUGGAUAAGUUUUUUUUUUGGAUAAAGCUGUAAGAUGAGGCGAUAUAACCUCAAAGUCAAAAAAUAUAGAAAGAAAAGCUUAAUUUUAAAUUUUCUGAAGAAUAAAAAUUCAAGGACUGCUUGUUCA